UUGGAAUUAGAAUUAAAAUAGCUGACCAAUGGUAAAGCCUGCUUGUUCAAGUUUUAAGUUUGGGAGACUGUGCCUGUCUGCAAAUGGAGUAGCAGCAAUCUUGUGCUGCUCUUAGUUGUGUCUCUCUCUCCCUAGCUUAAACUUUGAAUUUAAAAUUUUUACUUGUUGAUUCUUGAGGGGGAACAAUAUGUCUAUGUCUACGAGGAGUGGGAAGAACUUGUCUGAACCUAGUGACAAAGGUAAUGGGAAAGGAAAGAUGCAAAAGGAAAGAUUGAUGAAGUGCCACCAUGGGCUGAAGAUAUGGUUCGGACACUGAAUUCAAUUAAAGAUCAGAAUGGGUCAAUUAAAGACCAACUGGAAAAGAAUAGUAAUGAAAUGAUUUCUGGGAAAACUUAAAGACUUGGAAACUCAAGUUAUUACACAUGAAGAGGAAUCAAAGAUAACUAAGCAAAAAUUGUUUGAAGCUACAACCCUUUUGCAAAGAUAUCAAAAUAAGAUUAUAGACCUGGAAUCUAGGUCUCACUGAAGGAAUAUACGAAUUUUUGGGAUGCAAGAAGGAGCUGAAGAUGGAGAUUUAACUGCUUACUUUGGUAAGCUUUUUCAUACUUUAUUUCCUACCAUAUUAUCACAGCCGCCUGCUAUAGAAAGAGCACACAGAGCUUUUACUUCGAAACUUAAAGAUCCAAAUAAACCAAUAUCUGCUUUGGUUUGUUUUCAUCACUUUAAAAUUAAAGAUCCAAUAAUGCGACAGGCAAGAAAACAGAGACUUUUUAGGUUUAAGGAAUCUGAGCUCCGUUUUUAUGAGGAUUAUCCGAAGGAGGUAAUGGAACAAAGAUCAAGACAAGAAUUAAAGUUUUUCCUCCUAACUCUCCUCCUCGUACAUUUUUUUGAUCCAAAAGCCGCACUGGAUUUCGUUCAAACUAUAUCUGCCGCCGCUACCAAUGAACUAUCUGAAAGGUUAUUUGGUUAUCUGUAUAUUAUUCGCAUUUCGGAAAGAAGAUUUAUGGAUGUCACUUGGAUAUUCCAUUGACAGCCUAAUAAAAGAAGAUAAAGAGAUUUGUUCACUAUUGCAUAUUAUUGGUUUUCUUUUGGAAAGAAGAUCUAUGGUUCAAAAAAGAUGGGGCUCAUUUGCAUACAAUCAAAAAGAGAAAAAAAUAUAUUGACAAAGUCACUGAGUUGUCCUGGUCCAGCUUGUUCUUCCACCAAGCGAACACUGCAGGGCAACUAUGAGCAAACACUGGAGAGCAGCACUGAGUGAGGACUGGGGAGCAGCAUCGAGCAAAUACUGGAGGGCAGCACGAACAGGUGGGGCCAGCCCCAGUCCAAUAUGACAUCCAGUGGCACACAGCAGAUUGCCGGACCCUGAGGGAUGAGGGUCUUGUCUACGCAACAGACAAGGAACCACGGCAACCCAGGGUCUGACUCACCAAUACUUUGCAGUAUUCUACAUUACCAAUGUCCAAGAAGGUCUUGCGAUCACAAUAAAAAUAUGCAAGACAAUCACUUGCACUUUUUUGGACCACACACCAUCUCAGCACAACGGUAUGCAAUAAGUCCAGCUCCAUCGCCACUGAGCAAAUGGACGAUGGUAAUUGCAGUAAUUGAUAUUCUUUGUAUUUAGCAGUGAUGCGUGAUUAUAAAAGAGAACUACAGGACGAGCAAAUACACUUCUGACUGGAGUCAGAGAGGCAGCUGCAUCCCAGUGCACCACCAUCUUACCAGCUGUGGACGGAGCGAAGGUGCUCGACAAAGUGGUCCCCCAAUCUAUAUCAGGUGUCACCAAUGUAGAGGAGGCUACACAAGGAGCACUGAAUACAGUAGAUAACUCCAACAGAAUCUCAGGUAAAGUGUUGCCUCACCUGGAAGAACUGUUUGGGGCCAUAAAUGGAAGUGAGGGCGGAGAUGAAUGGGCUGGUGUAGCACUUUUUCCACUUGCAGGGAUAAGUGCCAGAAGGGAGAUUAGUGAAGGAGGAGGACAACUCUCAUGUUCUGGGAAGGAACGCCUUAUCCUGGUAACAGAUACAGCGGAGACAGAGGAACUGAAAAAAGGGAAUGGCAAUUUUACAGGUGACAGGGUGAGAAGAACAGUCAAGAUAGUGUGAGAGUAGGUAAGUUUGGAGAGUAGGCACUCUGUGAGCCACAUGGAGAGGAUAUUGAUGGGCUCACGGAGUGUAUUACUGAUUACAUCAACUUCUGUGUGGACUGCAAUGUUCCGACAAGAACUGUCCUUUGUUAUUCAAAUAACAAGCCAUGGGUGACAAAGGACAUCCUGAAUGCUAAAAAGAGGGCGUUUAGAGUUGGAAAUAGGGAGGAGCUGAGGGCAAUACAGAGGGACCUGAAAGCCAGGAUCAGGGAGGCAAAAGACAGGUACGGGAGGAAGCUUGAGUGGAAACUCCAACAGAACAACAUGACAGAGGUCUGGAGGGGGAUGAGGACCAUCACUGGGUUCCGGCAAACUAGCAACAGAGGAGCUGAAGGCAGAGUGGACAGGGCCAAUGAACUUAACCUGUUCUUUAACAGAUUUGACAGUGUGGCCCCUGCCCAUCCCCCACAUGAGCCAUCUGUUAUCAGCCCCCAACCAACACAUAUUCCACUCUCCCCUCCUACCCCUCCUCACAGCCCCUCACCCUGCUCUCAUGACUAUACUCCUUCCCCACACGAAACCACCACGGUGGGCUUCACAGCUGAACAGGUGAGAAGACAGCUGAAACGUCUCAACCCAAGCAAGGCUGCAGGACUGGAUGGUGUCAGUACCAGGGUGCUCAAAGCCUGUGCCCCUCAGCUAUGUGGAGUACUUCACCAUGUAUUCAACCUGAGCCUGAGGCUCCGGAGGGUUCCUGUACUGUGGAAGACGUCCUGCCUCGUCCCUGUGCCGAAGACACCGCGCCCCAGCGGCCUCAAUGACUACAGACUGGUGACAUUGACCACCCACAUCAUGAAGACCCUGGAGAGACUUGUUCUGGACCUGCUCCGGCCUAUGGUCAGGCCACACUUAGAUCCCCUCCAGUUCGUCUACCAGCCCCGACUAGGAGUUGAGGAUGCCAUCGUCCACCUGCUGAACCGUGUCUACGCCCACCUGGACAAGCCAGCAAGCACUGUGAGGGUCAUGUUUUUUGACUUCUCCAGUGCGUUCAACACUAUCCGCCCUGCUCUGCUGGGGGAGAAGCUGACAGCGAUGCAGGUGGAUGCUUCCCUGGUGUCAUGGAUUCUUGAUUACCUUACUGGUGACCCCACACUGCAGGGCUGGGGAGUUCCUAGAAAACAGCCUGCAUUGAGCAAUUUGCCAUAA